CAUGAUGUUGUUAUUGUUCAACCGUAUAUUUAAUGAUGCCCCACUUCACAAGCCUAUCAGGCAAUGUUAUCAACAUCAUCAUCAUACCAUCAUCAUGAUCAUGGUGAUACUAUUACUACUAUUCGUGCUACAAGGUUGUAGCUCACCACGUUCACCUGAUUUAAUACCACCAUCUACCGCUGCUACUGGAGGGGAUAAUCUACAACCAAGUACUAAUAGGAGGGUCUCUUCCUCUCCCUCUACCACCCUACAUCCCCCUUCUAGUAGUAGUACAUUAGGUAUUACUACUACUGCCACCAACCAUAUUACAAGAACCUCUCCUCCUCCUAGUAGUAGUAGUAGUGGUGUCAUGACUACUUCAGCGCCAGUACCUAGAGGCAGAUGCUCUAAGGGGGAGCCUUCUACCACCCAUAAUGGGUUGGCCAUAUAUGCAGAUUGGCCUCAUAUGGAUGUUCUCACCGAGAAGAAGUAUAUGAAUCAAUUAGGCACUUUUGUUAAUGGUCAGAGUUGUCUCAAUUCCCACUUCUCAAUUGUCCUACUUGAUCUUACUCCUACUAAGUUUAGUGAUUGGAUAGAGGAUGGUAGGAACGUGAAUGCUCCUGAUACCAGUAGCAGUAUUGCUCGUGGUAAUGACUUCAAGGCAAUGUUAUCGGCUAUUAACACUGCUGGUAGUAAGCUUUCUAUUGUGGUUGCUCUUGGGUAUGGAUACUAUAAUAGUGUAUGUGAUGGUAGUGAGAGUAUAGAUUGUAUGUAUCAUUUCGUUAAGACCUGGGAUAAGGUAGUACCAGGAUCAAUGGAUGGAGUAGUUAUAUCAGGAAUAGAGAGCACUACCACUGCUGUAUCCUCUGCACCUUUAACUCUGCAGCAUUCAAAGGGAUCCUAUACUCUUGGUCUUACCUUACCUAUGGGGACACUUAGCUACUAUCAAGAGAAGUACAUUUAUGAUUCCUAUUAUCUUCUAUUAAUGGACUUCUGGUGUCCAUCAAUCACUUCUUAUGCUGCUACUAAUCCCAAUAAUGUAUUUAAGACACAUACAAGUGAUUUAGGUCCCUACAUGCUCACUACUACCACAGAGUGUUCAGGAGGAGGAGGCGAAGACUCUCCUAUACCACAGAAAGAUAUUAUGAGCAUAAACAGUAAAACAGUAGUAUUAUGGUCAACACGACAUAGUGGUACAUCCUGUCCUUAUCCUCUUAAUGAUGGUACUUGUACUAAGAAUGAUAGAGCUGAACUUGGUACAGUUGAUACAUCUAUUGAUGCUAUUAAUCUUAUACAUUAUAUGAGUACACUAUUUACUUCUGCUAAACAUGGGUUCUAUUAUAUGAGCCUUAUGCCUGAUAGUUGGUUCUACUACUACAAUUAGUACUACUACUAUGAUCAUCAAUGAGGAUGAUGAUAAUAAUACUAAUUAUUACUAUUCAUGUAUAAUAAUAUAUUCCCUAGGAUUCCUUCCUGUUAUAUUGGCUAUACUGCCAUUUUUGUUAUCCUACCACUGUUAUCCACU